GCCAAUUCCUGCCAGAAUUUCAUUAUUUGUUGGCUACACUUUUGUUUGAUUUAUAAACCGAUAUUCAGUAUGUUUGGCUGCACCAUUUGCGACCACAGGAAGAGUGUGCUGAACACUCAGCCGGAGUUUGAGCUUCGACGCCUUAGGGCAAACACCAAUGAGAUGGAAAUCUAUGGUCUAUCCAACUAUUGCAAGAAUUGCCAGCGGGUUACCUUUUUUGUGAAUCCACAGGACUUUGAGGGCCCUUCGCGCGGCUCAUUGGCAUGGAAUAUUCUUUGUUUUGCGGCAGAAAAUUUGGGCAGGCUGCCGCCGACGCUGGACACAGAAGUGCAGUCAAAACUUUCGGAAAUAUUCCGUGAGACGGCUGGUCAGCUGCAUCAAGAUGCACAAGAAUCAUCCUCUGCGGAUCUGAGAACUCGAGCUACUGCUGUGCCGCAGGUUGAAGAGACAGAGGAAGAAGAUUCCUCCACGGAAGUGAGUGAAACCGAUUCGGGGGUCACACCGGUCAUAGGCGAUGUGCAGCACUCGGAGACCGAUUGUGUUAGUUCUCGCAGCGUAAAUGUGCUGUAUCGGCGACAACCGAAUCCACAUAAUAGAGAUCGUCCCAGCUCCACGCUGAAGAUCAGCGGCGUGGGACACUUCAGCGCAAGAGGGCCGCGACAGCAGCGCAAAAUGAAGGAGAACCGAAAGCGGCUCGAGGAAUUGUCCAGCAUAAUGCGUCACAUUGAAGCGAAAUCCAACAAGCUGAAGUCCGAAAUGGUGGAGCUGGAGGACAAGCAGCAGCAGGAGGCAACGGCGGAGCGAAAGUCGCGACGAAAACGCGUGGCUGCAGGCGGUUUGGUGCGCGGCGGUUCGUGGUGGCAGCGCGAGAACUUGGAGCGGGUUUUCGGCAAGUGGUCCACGGAGCAAAGGGACACCAGAAUCGAGGCAGAGGCCAAUAUUCUGCUGCAGGCCAUAAGGCCACGAGUUGGGGAUCAACGCAGACGGAAGGAUGAGGAUCAGGAAUCGGACAAAGAUUUAAGGGAGUGUCCCAAAGAGAAUCCUCCACAGUUGCUGCAGAUCUGCAGGAAGCCCAUAGUCUGUCCCAUUGAUGGAGAGUGCCAGCAACGCUGCUUUGUCUCGGACUUCAACACUCACGUGCAGCGCGAUCAUCAAAAUGUUAUGUUGGAGCGCAUCAAAGUGGGGCAGACAAAGACCUUCCUGCUGGAUCUGAGACUCACGAAGAGUCAGCCCAUGUGCCACAUGGUUUACUUUGUCAAGGAUCUGUUCAUCGACUCUCGAGGCGACAUGCUGCCCGUGCUCGUCAUGACUGCCCGCAGCCAUUACUGUGAUGUGUUUCCUGACAAGAUCAGCACCAAGGAUGCUGCCGCCCUGGAGGAUGAAGCGACGCAGUGUUUGCUCAUUUGGAUUUGCAGCUAUAAGCCCACGAAUGCCCAUGUAAGGGCCACACUCUCCGUGGAGGCCACGUGCGCCGACAUGGCCGACAGCCUGAUGGUGCGUACCACACCGGUCUACGAUAUGCGUGCGCCACAGGAUAUGCCCAGCAUUUUCCAGAGUCCUUCCACACUGGUCAUGCAAUACAACUUGGUUCGACGCAUCACACAGCGGGGCAAGCACUUACUCACCGUUAGGGUGAAGAUUGAGUAGCGAAUUUACUUAUUUUUGAUGCUAAAAUUUGAUGUGUUUAGGGAACUUUCAAGCUAGAAACAAUCCGCAUUGUAGCUACAUGAAAACUGCCGCCUCACAAUGCAUUCGAUUCCAAAUUGUACGAGUUUUUGUCUUCUGCAAAACCUCAU